CAGAUAACGGGGACAACCUUCACUCCGAUCCGCUCUGAUCACACUUCAGAGUUCGGAACACGUUCUUUCUGAUUUUCCCGUGCCGAAGACAUGGCGCUUAACCUUACUGUCAAAGUGCAUCCCGUAGUUUUAUUUCAAAUCGUAGAUGCGUACGAACGACGAAAAGCGGAAUCGUUGCGCGUUAUCGGCACCUUACUGGGUACCGCGGAGAAGGGGAUCGUCGAGGUGACCAAUUGUUUUUGCGUACCGCACAAGGAAUCCGAGAGCCAGGUGGAAGCUGAUCUCACCUAUGGUAUGGACCUGUAUGACUUGAAUCAUCGUGUCAACGCGCAAGAGAAUAUCGUCGGUUGGUGGGCUACCGGCAACGAGGUCACUACACAUUCGUCUGUCAUUCAUGAAUAUUAUGUGCGAGAAUGCAAUAAUCCGGUGCACUUGACUGUUGACACUACAUUAACAAAUACAACAAGAAUGGCGAUCAAAGCUUAUGUUUGUGUUCCGUUGGGUGUACCUAAUGGCAAGCAGGGUUCCAUGUUCACUCCAGUCAAAGUUCAGAUUACAUGCUAUGAGCCAGAAGUAGUAGGACUGCAGUUGUGUUCAAAGACUCAAUUGCCAUCUCAUAUACAAGCAUCCGGAAUGAAAUCUAGUGGAGGGAUAGAACCCAUGAUGGAUCUUGCACAAGUCUCAGAGGCCUGUUCCAAGCUUUCUUUAAUGUUAGAACAAGUACUGGCAUAUGUUGAUGAUGUUCUAGCAGGGAAACAACUACCAGAUAAUCAAGUAGGUAGAGCUCUUUUGGAUAUGGUACAUUCCGUGCCAAAAAUGACGUGCGAUCAAUUUGACGAAAUGUUUAAUAGUAACGUUAAGGAUCUUCUUAUGGUUGUUGCGUUAUCUCAGUUGAUAAAAACGCAGUUGCAGCUUAACGAAAAACUUACUCUGCUUACAACUCUAUGAUUGAAAGCAUUUGAUUCUUCACGCUGUAUAAAUAAUGCAGAAAAAAAUCAAUAAUAAUAGUCCACUCUCUCUCCGAUAUAUUUUGAUUACUUUUAAUAUUAUCUAUCAAUUGGAAUUAAAACAGUAUUUUGUGAAAAUGGAAUUAUAA